UUUGCUGAAGAAAGAAAAAAGAAAAAUCUGCGGCGGCUGUUUUCUUCCUCGUUUCCAAAGCAAGCAAGAUCCAGCAGCCAAAAACUGCGUCGGCCGGCUCAGCCUAUGUUGCCAAGAACUCGGAACUCUUCUCAGCAUUUCUUAGUAUCAAUUCUCUGAUCCUCUCGCACGGAGCAGCUGCUCCUGCUCUUGUUCUUGUCGAUGGAUGUGAAACGGACUGAGAGCCCGAUUUAUGCUCGCCAAUGGAGCAGCGAAUCGAGCAGCACCGGUGGUCCCGCAUCGCCGGCAAUGUCGCCAGCUCGCGGCCAUCACGCUCGAUCUUCCUCCGUUUCUGGAAUUUCCAACAUUAAGCGCACUCAGAACUUCGCUGCAAAAGCUGCGGCUCAGCGGCUAGCCCAGGUCAUGGCUUCUCAGACCGCCGAUGACGAUGAGGAUGAUCAAGAUGACUUAGGAUUUCGUUAUAGUGCUCCUCCUCCUAUUUCAUUGUCUAGGAACGUUAAUAACGGUAGUAGACUUGCUGUUCCUUCUUCCAAAACCACUAGAUCUCCCUCCCCCGGGUUAGCUCGGAAUUUUUUAGAGGACACUUCUUCUGUUCGUUCCACUUCAGCAGGAAGAUCAUCAAUAUCUCACCUUUCCCUGCCAGUGGCUCCACCCAAAACAACACUGAGGACGGCAACUUCWAUGCCACCUCUAGAUCCGCCUACUAAUAAUUAUAGAGAAAAAAGAUUCCCAUCGGAUCUAGUGCGUUUCAAUACUAAAGAUUCAGGAGAUCAGCGAGAAGCUUCUGCAAUUCGUGAUGAACUUGAUAUUCUACAAGAGGAGAAUGAAAACAUUCUGGAGAAGCUCAGACUUGAGGAAGAACGAUGUAAAGAAGCGGAGGCCAGAGUUAGGGAACUUGAGAAGCAGGUUGCUGCUCUGGGAGAAGGUGUUUCUUUAGAAGCUAAACUUUUGAGCAGGAAGGAAGCUGCAUUACGUCAGAGAGAGGCUGCACUUAAAGAAGCAAAACAAUCGAAGGAUGGGGGGGACAAGGAAAUUGAAUCCCUUAAAUCAGAAGUCCAGAAAGCAAAAGACGAGACUGCGAGUGUUGUUCAACAGCUUCAUGGAGCUGAACAUGAUGUGAAAGCUCUUCAAUCUCUGACACAAAGAAUGAUUUUGACUCAGAAAGAGAUGGAAGAAGUUGUUCUUAAAAGGUGUUGGCUUGCUCGCUAUUGGGGCCUGGCUGCAAAAUAUGGCAUUUGCAUGGACAUUGCUAUGACAAAGUACGAACACUGGUCAUCUUUAGCACCACUCCCAUUUGAGAUUGUCAUUUCUGCGGGGCAAAAGGCCAAGGAGGAAUUUUCUCAACAAGGAGACCUAGACCCUGAGAAAAGGAGCGGAUUUGUUCCUGAUAUAAGUGACCUCACUGGAGAAGGAAAUAUCGAAAGCAUGCUAUCUGUUGAAAUGGGUUUGAAGGAACUUGCUUCCUUGAAGAUAUCAAAUCGCCAGUUGAUCCUAAGUUUAUGGACGCAUUUGAAUUGAGCCCAGAGGAAUCUGAGGAUGUUCUUUUUAAAGAGGCAUGGCUUACAUAUUUCUGGAGUAGAGCCAAAGCUCAUGGUAUUGAAGAGGAUAUUGCAAAAGAACGACUUCAGUUCUGGAUUAGUCGCACUGCUCACUCUCCUUCAUCCCAUGAUGCUGUUGAUGUUGAGCAAGGCCUCAUAGAACUCAGGAAGUUGGGGAUUGAGCGUAGAAUGUGGGAAGCAUCGCGAAAAGAGAACACUUGAAGAGUUCUGCUCGUGAGAUGACAUAUCCUUAAAUAAUGCGUCGCUCUGGUUCCAAGUUCUCGUUUCCAAUUAAGAGUGUGUGGUGCUGGUGCAUUUAUUUGAUUAUUUGACCACACUGACGCCUUGCUUCUUCAUAUGGCUAUGGCUAUGGCUACAACAUCACAAGGGAAUUGCAGCUUUAUUUCUCCUCCUCUCAUAUGUUGAUGUACCUUCUUUUUCUUCUCCCAAUAUGAUACAUAUGUCACGCACUCAACUACUGAUAUGAAAUUCACUUUCUGGUUCAAGUUCACAA